CGGGUCAUUCUCUGUUAUUACAAUUUCAAUACAGCACGAAGGCCCCAUAAGAGUGUAAAUCUGGGGACUACCUGGUAUCAGCUCUCAUAUACACCGUCACAUACGGGAUCGUUUCAAGAUACAAAAGUCCCCCUCUUUUAAGCCACGGCUAUGGCGGCACAGAUCAGGGACGAAAUGCAUCACAAACUCCAAAUUGCAGAUUGGCUUUGGGCUUCACCACGCAAACCUAACGCAAAUGGGCCAAAAGGAUAGGAUAAUCUUCAUCCGACGACCGUACCGCGUUGGAGAAUCGACGGAUAUCCGUAGACCGUCAUCAAGCAAUCAUGGCGGCUUCUUGUUCUUUUGACUCAACGUUCUCACCUCGCCAUCCUUUCACAUCCUCUCAGUGUUCUUGUUGUUGCCACCAACACUGCCCUUUAAACGGCAGGGACAAUUCACCGGCACCAAUGAUACCGACCCAGCAUGGCCAGUAUGUCAAGUCAAGACACCUACACCUACACACCCUCCAACCACGAAAAGGAAAAGGAUACCGACAUCGAUGCCAUCCAACACCAACAUGCCACGCCUGCACGGCAUAGUGCCGACACCGACACCGAUGACGACAAUGACGAGGCCAUAGUCCCAAUCCACACCCUCACCAAGGAGAACAGCCAGCCUGACCUGCGAAAAGUCGCCAGCAAUACCUUAGGCCGUGUAGCCUCGCGCCUCAGCACCCGUCACAUAGUCGACCCCGGUCCACCACCAGAUGGCGGCCUCAAAGCAUGGACGCAAGUCGCCAUGGGCUGGAUGAUAUGCGUGGUGACAUGGGGCUACAUCAACUCCUUCGGCGUUUUCCAAACCUACUACACCGAAACCCUAGGCCAAUCCCAAUCCACCAUAUCCUGGGUCGGCAGCUUGCAACUCUGGACCGUGUUUUUUGCGUCGGCAUUCUCCGGCCGCGCCCUCGACGCCGGCUUCUUCCUCCCAGCCCUGAUCGUCGGUUCCACAAUACAGCUGCUGGGCAUCUUCAUGACCAGCCUAUGCACCAAUUUCUGGCAGCUGCUUCUCGCUCAAGGUCUAUGCACAGGUCUAGGGUCAGGCAUCUUCUUCUGCCCUACAAUGGGUCUUGUGACGACAUACUUUGCCAAAAAGCGAGGGUUGGCCAUCGCCAUCGUCACCACGGGAAACUCCUUCGGCGGCGCCGUCUAUCCUGUCAUCGUGCGCCAACUUUUGCCAAAAUUGGGGUUUGGUUGGACCGUGAGGGUAUUGGGGUUCGUCAAUCUUGCGCUCCUUGUUACGGCCCUUGCAUUCAUGCGUCCGCGCUUACCGCCGCGAAAAGCCGGGCCGCUUCUCGAGUGGAGGGCCCUCUAUGAGAUUCCGUAUGAUUGUGUGUUGGUCGGCAUGUCGUUGGUUUUUGGAGGGUUGUUCUUUUCAUACUAUUACAUAGCGAGCUACGCGCGUGAGAUCAUCGGGAUGAGUUACGAGGACAGUUUGACUUUACUCAUCAUUUUCAACGGCGCCGGUGUGCCUGUCAGAUUGUUGACAGGGUAUAUCGCCGACCGCUUCACGGGACCGUUGAACGCCAUGGUGAUUUUGUUGUUUGUCAAUGCGUUCUUUGGAUUUCUGUGGAUCGCGAUACGCACGGAGGGUGGGCUGUAUGCCUUCGCGACGUUUUACGGGUUCUCGGCGGGGGCGUUCCAGUGUCUUUUCCCGACGACGGUGACGAGUCUGAAUAGUGAUCUCAGCAAGAAUGGCGUGAGGUUGGGCAUGGCGUUCUCAAUCUUUAGUUUCGCGGGUCUUGCGGGUCCGCCGAUUGGUGGUGCGUUGUUGCAGACGAAUGGUGGUGGAAGAGGAGGAUAUCUUGCUGCUCAGUUGGGGUUGGGACUUGCUACGACCUGUGGAGCGCUGUUCAUGGUUGUUGGGAGAGUGUACAAGGCGGGUUGGAGUUUGAGGAUAAAAUGCUAGGAUGCGUUUCCAGCUAUGACCAUGCAAGUAGCAGAUAUUUAGGAUAUAGGAAGUUAGGAACGCCUCUGGUAGUCGUAUGA